AACCGGGGUGCGUGGGUGUCCCUGGCAUGUGGACGGGCAGCCUGCUGCCGCCGCCCUGCCCAGCUGGAGUCGUGACCCUGUCUUCCCCAGCCCCAUGGAGGUGGGCGGAAGGGGGUGCUGCUUCACAGCCUCCAACCAUGGGGCUGUUUGGGGGGGGGUGCACAGGCAGGGGACCAGGCUGGAAGGCCAAGGAACCAUGACCUUUUAUCCAGAGGUGACAACGAAGAAGCAGCAGGAGACCAACCAGGAAGGUCUUUAAUGAAUGGACUGCCUGCCUUCCCUUCCUGCUUCCCCCAGGAGGCACCCCUGAGGGAGGGAGAUUCUGGGUGACCUAGUUGGGGGUGGGGGGUGCGUGGAUAAGAACAAGGGCUGGACCUUGGGUGGCCGGACCUCUCGUCCAGUCUGGACACAGUUUCGCAGAGCCGGCAGGGUCAUCAGGGUCCUGCUUCUGACGGUCUUCGUGCCAGCGCCAGCUCAGGGUGGAUCCCCUGCCACCUUGCCCCCAGGGCUCUCCCUGGGAACCGGAACCAGCAGUUCCAGUGUCCAUCUCUGCAGAGGGGGUGGGGCCAGAGCAGUGUAGCCCCUCCCUGGACGAGGGCCUCAAAUACCCGCCUGGGCCCUGGCCUACAAUUCCUGCCCCACCAAACCUGAGGCGUCAGUCUCCUGCCACAGACACACCCCCAGCCUGAAUCUCCGACCUUGAUCCUGAGUCUCAAAUACCGCCCCAUCCACAUCCCAGGUGAGUCUGGGGACUGGGCUGACCAGGAGCCUAGAUGGGGGUGGGGUCCCUCUAUUGGAGCCUCAGUUUACCCAAGGAGUAGAAUGGCCAUGGUAAACCUAGCACACCACUGGGGAGAGGUGGAGAGGCGGGGGAAGGAUCCUCCUUGGACCUCUGAAUCACAGGUCCUUGCCGGUCCCCCAGGGCUGGGGCACAGACGGGUAGCUUGGUGUGUCUGACUCCAGGUCCACACUCAGGAGCGCAUCUGUCCCUCUCAGCCCACCUGCUCUCCGCCAUGGGUGGGCCCCAGGUCCUACUGGCCGCGCUCUGGGCCCUGGGGGCCGCAGGAGCUGCCGCGCUGCGCAUUGGAGCUUUCAACAUCCAAAGCUUUGGCGACAGCAAAGUGACGGACCCGGCCUGUGGCAGCAUCAUUGCACAAAUCCUGGCUGGCUAUGACAUCACGCUGGUGCAGGAGGUGCGAGACCCGGACCUGAGCGCUGUGUCCGCUCUCAUGGAGCAGAUCAACAGCGUGUCCAGGCACAAGUACAGCUUCGUGAGCAGCGAGCCCCUGGGUCGGGACCAGUACAAGGAAAUGUACCUGUUUGUUUACAGGAAGGACGCGGUGUCGGUCGUGGACACGUACCAGUACCCGGACCCGGAGGACGCCUUCAGCCGUGAACCGUUUGUGGUCAAGUUCUCUGCCCCCGGCUCAGGUGAGGCCCCCUCUUCCCCGGGAAAUCCCGCCCCCCGCCCCGCCUCUCCCGUGCCUCCCGCAGCUGCCGGGGAGUUGGUGCUCAUCCCGCUGCACGCGGCGCCGCAUCGGGCCGUGGCGGAGAUCGAUGCUCUCUACGACGUGUACCUGGACGUGAUCGACAAGUGGGGCACGGACGACUUACUGUUCCUGGGCGACUUCAACGCCGACUGCAACUACGUGCGGGAGCGCGACUGGCCUUCCGUCCGCCUGCGCAGCAGUGAGGUCUUCAAGUGGCUCAUCCCCGACAGCGCUGACACCACCGUGGGCAACUCGGACUGCGCCUAUGACCGCAUCGUGGCGUGCGGCGCCCGCCUGCGCAGGAGCCUCAAGCCCCAGUCGGCCGCCGUGCACAACUUCCAGGAGGAGUUCGGCCUGGACCAGGCUCAGGCCCUCGCCAUCAGUGACCAUUUUCCUGUGGAGGUGACUCUGAAGUCGCACUGAAAACCCUCAAGGCCUGGUCUGGGAAGCGGCCUCCAGACUCAGGCCAGGAGAACAGUCCUGCAGGGCUCCUUGUGGGGAGCUGGCCAGCCUCCAGCAAGGCUGAGGGCAGAGCUGGUGGGACGAGCGGCUAGGAAACAUCACAGGACCACGCAGUCUGUUUGCCCAUCUGUGAAAUGGGCUACUCCGUCUACCUCCCAGGCUUGUGAGGAGUGGCCUGCAGAGCGCUGGGCACAGGGCAGUGCUCAAUAAACUCGAGCCGGUGCUCAGCCAGGA